GUGUCGCCCCUAUCUCGCUGAACGCGAGGAAUAGUCGCGCCCAGUCCCGACGUUGUCUCCUCCACCGUCCGCCGCCCGCCGCCUUUGCGAAGCGCAGCCUACACGCCGCGGUGGAUGCCACUUCUGCCAUGGCUGCGGACUGGACAUCGGCGCGCCGGGCGUGGGAGAAGUGGACCGGGAAGCACGUCGGAUCUUCCGGGAUGCCGAUCAAGGCGGCGCUGCUGCUCAACUACGAUCCGACAGGACCAUCUCGCCUCUUCCCCAUGGUAGCAGAGCAAGAGGGAGCAAAAUUUACUGCUGUUGAUCUGCAGCCAUCCGUCGACUUCUUUAGAAGGAAUAAUCUGCAGACGGAAUUCUUUUCUAUUGGGCCAAACCAAUAUGUGGUCACCUCAAUCCACGGACACUGGUUUACUGCUCGUUGCGUUAACACAACACAGCCAGGAGGUGAAGGAGUUAUAAUUAUGCAGAUCGGAGCAUACUUGUUAGUCUCUAUGUAUGAUGGUUCUGUUGGUUCGGCUUCACGGGCAAUGGUGGCUGUUGAUCAGUUUGCAUGGCACUUUAACCGGAAAACACAUUAAGUUAUUAUGAUGUAGACCCAUGGCCUUAGAGUCUAGUGUAUAACCUGACAUACUGCCUAAUCUUGCUGCUGUACUGGGGCUAGUAGGCAUGUACUGUAAUAACUAAGGUUCUCUUUAAUGGACUGAGUUCACAUGGCACGUUUUUUCCAUAAUUUACAGAUUGCGCUGAAUGUUUAUGAGGUUUA